AUGCCGUACGUUUUGACUGUUGAUGGUGAAGUAAAUGCAGAUUGCACAAUUAGCGAGCACAAUCUCAGGAUUUCUACAAAAGGUCGGAAGCCAAAAGAAUCAACUGUUGUGUUAGAUGACAUUAUAGGGAUAGAAACAAAUGACACUGCACUGAAUGUUUCCACUGACCAAUCAAAAGCUACCAAACCAAAAUGGCUGUGUAAGGUACACUACAUCACGCGGAAGAAGUUGCUGUGGAAACAGGCGACCAAAUGUGUAACGGGACAGGUUGAGGAGUGUCAGCGUUUUAUCUCUGAUUUACAAUUACACUUCCAGAAAGUGUAUGACCAGCGUCCCAAACGCUUUCUGGUGCUUGUGAACCCAAUCAGUGGAGGUAGAUAUGGACAAAGUAAUUCUAGACGAAUAUUACCAUUGUUUGAACUGGCUCGUAUUACCUGUGAUGUAAAGGUCUCAGAAAGAGCAAAACACUUUGAGGAGAUGUUGUCAGAGUAUGAUUUGUCUACAGUAGAUGGAAUUGUAGUUUUCGGCGGAGAUGGCUCAUUUUGUGAGGUUUUGAACAGACUGUUGAGAAUUACCAAUGAGAAGGCGGGACUCGACUACAAUGAUAGAAAUGGUCCUUUUAAGUCUAAUACUAUACCCAUUGGAAUAAUACCUUCUGGAACAGGUAAUGGUAUAUCAGUAGCAGCCUUUGGGAACUAUGACACUGUCACAGCUGCACUUCACAUCAUCAAAGGAAACACUUGUAUGAUUCCUUUAAUGGCUGAGUACAGUGGUGAUGAAUUGUUGGGCUAUGCCUCAGUGGUGAGUGCCUAUGGUCUGUUUGCAGACAUGAUGUAUCUUACAGACCAGAAACGAUGGAUGAGAAGAGCUCGUUAUGCAGUAAUGCCAUUUUACACAAUUUUAUUAAAAUCUCAAAGACUCUUCGAUGCUGAGUUAACACUGACAGGCAGCCAACUCUGUCAAGAAGAUGAUGAGGAAGGCAAUAAAAAAGAAGAACAAAUUGAUGGAGAAUUCAGCAUGGUGGCAGCUUUUCCUUCAAAAUGUUUUGGAGAAGCACCUGGAGAAUUUCUUAUACUGAUAUUUCGACGUACUCCAAAAACACAUUUUUUUAAACUAAUGGGCAAAAUGCUAACAAGAGAUAUGCUACGGGAAGAAGAUUUCCCUUCACUUACAAUACGGCAGCCUACUAGCAUCAGGGUAAAGGUCAAACCAAAGGAUUUAGGGGACAAGAAUUUUUUAAAUUACCUCAUGAAUAUUGAUGGAGAGAUACACACAAUGAAAACAGCUGAUGUGACAUUAAAAUCACUAAAAAAUGCGGCCAGGAUCUACUCCUCUCAACAUCUGUACCCCUACCCUGAUUUACAGUCUCACACCUCAUCAACAGCAUCCAAGUCACCUCCUGAUUCUGCAUGUGCUGCUGAAAACUGAAAUGGUUGAUACAUCAAUUAAUCAGUAUCAGAGGUUCUGUUUAUCAGUGAAUUAUCAGGUGCCAUAAUCAGUUAAAUACUAUUAUAUUCUACUCAGUAUAUUAUUUAGACAUUACAUACCGUAUUUCCUGGAUAGUAAGC